UUAUUUGGAUAGCCUGGUUCGGUGAAGUAACAUUGUAGUUCUUCAAACAUGGAGUGGUCAAAUUUUGUAGUGCUUGUCAUGCUAGGACUCACAGGAAUUUCCUGCAUGAAGCCAAUCCUAAUCAACGAAUGCAAGAAAGGAACCCCAAACGCUGAACGAUGCGUUCUGGCCGUUGCGGAACAGAUGCGCCCCAAGAUUGCAAAGGGUGAGUUCCCGGAUGGUUUCACCGUUCCCCGGCUGGACCCGGCCUUCAUCGAGCGGCUGGAGGUUGCGGGAGAUCCAAACUUUAGUGCAGUGUUUGAGAAUGUGACGGUUAGCGGGUUGAAAGCGUUCCACGUGGAUAAACUGACCGUUCAUACAUCGGACCAGCAAAUAAGUCUUGUAACCAAGUUGGAAUCUAUUCACCUUAAGGGUAAAUACACGAUAAAGUCAAAUUUGAAGAUGCUUCCCCCAGUUGAUGGCGCUGGUGAUGCGACUUUGGAUUUGACCAACGUCAAAGUGCACGUGCGGCUGCACUACUUCCUCAUCGGUAAGAAGGGCGCCAAAACGGUUCGUUUUCUGCCGACCGAGUUCAAAGUGAUGUUCGAUGGCGAUGCCAAGUUCGGCCUCACGAAUGCACUGCGUGGCAUGCCCGACCAGGUCGCCAACGAGGCCAUCAACAAGAUGCCACGCGAGAUUCUGAACAAAACCAAACCCGCCGUCCAGAGGCACCUGUCCGAGACGUUCACCACGAUCGUGAACCACCUGAUGGAGGAUGCCGAACGGGAGUGGAAGUAGGUGAAGUAGGUUUGCGGAUUGGUUUGAUGAUUUGAAUACGAUUUUCUCGAAAUGUAUUUGUAUUUAACAAAAUAAAUGUAAAAAUAUUAUUGCCUUUGGUAAGAUACAAUGUACAUUUUUUGCAAUAUCUCAGAUUCUGGUCCACUGCAAAAUUUGAAAUAGCUAUGACAAUAUUUUAGUGUUAAAUUUCAUAACAUUUAUUUAUGUAACUAAUGAAGGCAGUUAGCUUAACAUCUCAAUGCAAUCACAGUCACAAAUAGGCUUCCCAUUCAUCACCCUUCUAAUUAAUAUCCAAAACCGUUGACGCAUGCCGCACUCUGCUGGCGCAUAAUCAACUUCAACAGCUGGCCUCCCAGAAAGUGCGCGCAUGUCCGCGCGACCGCAACUGAAAUAUGAUUUUAAUUGCGGUGCGAUUGCACUCCCACUUGACAUUUAUCAUGCUCACGUGUGUGAGUGUGAGGAAUCACAUAACUUCCAGCGAUCACGAUAUGAACCGAAGACCACCCCAUCUUUAAAGAUGGCCAAAAAACAAGAAAUACCAGUUACCUCUCCUUUAAGUGAGCAAACACUUGCCAAUCCUGCGGCGCAGUUUUGAACAAAAAUCCAUCAAGGACUCUUGAAGAUUACGCAAAAGUGCGAGCGCCAUUUUUGUCAAA